AUGUUGCUAUGGCUCUUGCUGAUGCUAUGUUUUUGUGAAUCCUUCACUCUGCGUAGCAAGUUUACCAACGUGAGUGCGGUGUGCAGCCAUGAGUUCUGCUCGAGCAUAAGGGGAUGGCUGACCGCCAAAGGUGAGGUGAACCUGGACAUCCACCUGAAUCGCACCCUGAGGAAUGGCUUGAGGACCACUCUUACCCUCCUGCAGCUGAUGGAUGGCCAAAGUCGGUACCAGACCCUCUUCAGCUACGACCUGGACACCUGCAAGACGCUGCGGGAACUGCUGCAAGCCAGUUUGAUGAAGGUCUGGCUGAGGAACGUGUUCAAGUACGGGAAUCUGGCCGACCGCUGUCCCAUCAGGCCAGCCUACUACGAUGUGCGCAACUUUCAGCUGGAGAACCACAGCAUUCCGGGGUACUUGCCAUCGGGAUUCUACCGCCUACACGACACAAACUACUACGGAAAGCCCAAGGGCAGGCCACGCCGUUCGGUGGCCACUUUCGUAUUGGAUAUAAAGUUCUAUUAA